GAGGAGGCAGGAAGGGACGCGAACGGCGCGCCGGCGGCGGGCUCGGCUCAGAGGCCGCGGAGACCCGCGCGGAGCCCAAAGUUUGCGCGCAGCGCCCCCCCCCCCACCCCCCCUUUUCGGGCGGCGGCGCGCGGGGGGCCGGGACCGCCCUGCGCGCCGCCCUCGCCCCGGCCGCGCCGAGGGUCGCCGGCGGCCACGCGGAGGCGGCCGGGAGCGGCGCCGCGGCAGCUUUGGAGCCGGGCAUGAGGCUGAACCGGAGCAGGGAGCUGUGGGGAGCGGGAGCCCCGCGACCGUGACCGGCACCUGGUUCUCACCUGGCUCCUUGUGGUCGAGCCGAGGCGGCUGCCAAACCAGCGGAGCCGGAGCGAGCCCCUGACAGGACCAGGUGGAGCAGACACCCCCCGUCAGCCCACGAGACCUGGCAGGACCUGGCUUCCCAGCGCAGCCUGACCGGCUCACCAAUCACCAGGCUGAGGUCCUUCCCGGAGAGGAAAAUUCUUUUCCCGUGUCGUAUUUGCUUCACGGUGCUGAACACAACCGCCUUCGCAGACCCGAGAGAAGCUUCGGUGCCAUCUAGAUGCUCCCUUGCAACAACACGCGACAACACGGCAGGACACAGUCCAAGAAAGAAGGAAAAUUUCCACUCUCGCUGGGUCGUGUUCACCCAGCAUCAGAUUCCAGCUCUUGAAUUUCAAGGAUGACGUAGACCUGGAAGCCCUGGUGAACGAUGUGAGCGCAUCCCUGGAGAGUCUGUACCCGGCCUGUAGCAUGCAGUCAGAGACGGUGCCCCUGCUCCAGAAUGGCCAGCACGCCCGCAGCCAGCCGCCACCCUCAGGAACAAGGUCCCUCCAGCCGCAGGCGUCCCCGCGACUGCAGGUGCAGCGCUCACAGCCUGUGCACAUCCUCGCUGUCAGACGCCUGCAGGAAGAAGGUGAACAGUUCAGAACGUCGUCUCUGCCGGCCAUCCCCAACCCUUUCCCCGAGCUCUGCGGCCCCGGGAGCCCCCCGCUGCUGACGAGGGGCUCCUUACCUCCCAGCCAGGCGGCUGCAAAACAGGAUGUUAAAAUCUUUAGCGAAGAUGGGACGAGCAAAGUGGUGGAGAUUCUGGCAGACAUGACGGCCAGAGACCUGUGCCAGCUGCUGGUUUACAGAAGUCACUGUGUGGACGACAACAGCUGGACGCUAGUGGAGCACCACCCGCAUCUGGGACUAGAAAGAUACCUGGAAGACCACGAGCUGGUGGUCCAGGUGGAGAGCACCCUGGCAAGUGACAGCAAAUUUUUAUUUAGGAAGAAUUACGCAAAAUACGAGUUUUUCAAAAAUCCUACGAAUUUCUUCCCAGAACAGAUGGUUACUUGGUGCCAGCAGCCCAACGGCGGUCACAACCAGCUGUUGCAGAACUUUCUCAACUGCAGUAGCUGUCCUGAAAUUCAGGGGUUUUUGCACGUGAAGGAUCUGGGGAAGAAGUCGUGGCGAAAGUUGUACGUGUGUUUGCGGAGAUCGGGCCUCUACUGCUCCACUAAAGGAGUGUCAAAGGAGCCCAGACACCUGCAGCUGCUGGCGGGCUUGGAGGACAGCAGCAUAUUCUCCCUGAUCGCCGGCAGGAAGCAGUACUGUGCCCCCACGGACUAUGGCUUCUGCAUAAAGCCCAACAAAGUCAGGAGCGAGACGAAGGAGCUGCGGCUGCUGUGUGCCGAGGACGAACAGGGCAGAACUUGCUGGAUGACGGCGUGCAGGCUCCUCAAGUACGGGAUGCUCCUGUACCAGAACUACAGGAUCCCGCCACAGAGGAAGCCCCUGCUCCCCUCCUUCUCAACGCCAGUGCGCAGCGUCUCUGAGAACUCCCUCGUGGCCAUGGAUUUUUCCGGGCAAACAGGAAGAGUGAUCGAGAACCCGGCCGAAGCCCAGAGUGCAGCCCUGGAGGAAGGCCACGCCUGGAGGAAACGGAGCACACGGAUGAAUAUCCUCAGCAGCCAAAGCCCCCUCCAGCCGUCCACCCUGAGUACGGUGAUUCAUCGGACACAGCACUGGUUUCACGGCCACAUCUCCAGGGAGGAGUCACACAGGAUCAUUAAGCAGCAGGGGCUGGUGGACGGGCUUUUUCUCCUCCGAGACAGCCAGAGCAAUCCAAAGGCUUUUGUGCUCACGCUGUGUCAUCAUCAGAAAAUUAAAAAUUUCCAGAUCCUUCCUUGCGAGGAUGACGGGCAGAUCUACUUCAGCCUUGACGACGGGAACACCAAGUUCUCCGACCUGAUCCAGCUCGUGGACUUCUACCAGCUCAACAAAGGAGUCCUGCCUUGCAAACUGAGGCACCACUGCAUCCGCGUGGCCUUAUGACCUCACACUGACUCUCGGCGGAGCCUGGAGGAAGCUGACACUGGAACGAGGGAAGGGAUGUACGUCUCGAAGAGCACACGUCUGUUGUUCUGCACCCUGGGGAGGGCGGGGGGUGGGGGGUGGGUCCGUCGGGGCCGGCCGCCCGGGAAGGACCGGUCGCUGGACUGGACGGUGAUUUGCUGCUGCGGAGCCGGCAGGAGCGUCUCCCUCCGCACCGGCGAGAUCAGGGAGGCGCCGGAGAGCAGAUGCAGGUGGGAGAGGAAACCGGAGCGAUGGUCUCGGCUGGGCCACGUCGGAACCAGAACCGGAGACGAGUAAUUGGAAGUGAACUCUUGCCCUGGAAUAAUCUUGACAAUUAAAACUGAUAUGUUUA